AUGACUUCUUACGUCCUCAAGGCGCACGAAGGGCGCCCCGUCCCCGAAGCGUGGAGGCCUCCAGUCUCCUCCACGACGACGAGCAACGCGAAUUGCCCGUUCUGCGGGAUCGUCGCGGGGACCAUGCCCGCGUACCGCGUCUACGAAACCGACGCGGUCGUCGCGAUACUAGACAUUGCGCCUCUCCGCCCUGGACACACCCUCGUGAUCCCUAAGACGCACGUCUCACGCGUAUCGGAGCUGGAGGACGACUUUGCGGCCGAAUGCGGGAGAGCAGUGUCCAAGGUCGCUCGGGCGAUUGCUGCAGGUCUCCGUAACACGGCCCUGAACGUUGUUUGCAAUCAAGAGUACGCACAAGCCGUCCCCCACGUACACUACCACAUCAUUCCUGCUCCGAGGCCCGAAGGCGAAGCGAGCCAGGCGGCAUCGACCCCGGGCAGGCUCAUUGGGAUCGCUCGCGAGGAACAAGCAAGCAAACCGCUCACUGAGAAUGAGUUGCACUGGCGGGAGUUUGAAGCUCGUCAUGAACUCGGCCCCGACGACGCUCAAUCAAUUGUAAAGCAGAUACGAGCACAUCUAUGA